CAGGAGACGCGGAGACUCCAGCAUUCCCGCAGAUGUCGGCGUCGACGCGGCCACAACAAAGUUGAGAGAGUGAGAAGACGUAGUUCAUGGCCAACAGCAGCACCUGAAGACGCUUCUCCGCUUAGAAACCUCGCCAUGGAUGUGCUCAAAUCAGCCAGAAGGGCUUUUAUUCGCAGUCCCAGCCUGACCAAACAGUCCUGGAGCUCAGGCAAACACCAAAAGCUACCUGAGAACUGGACUGACACUAGAGAGACUCUUCUGGAGGGAAUGACCUUUAACCUUCGGCAUCUGGGCAUGACUCUGGUGGACCAACCCAAAGGCGAGGAGCUCUCAGCCGCUGCUGUCAAGAGGAUUGUUGCCACGGGAUUCCUUAACUCUGGUCUGUUUUGUGACCAUUUGCCCAGGAUAUCAUACUGCACAGCUGACAAGAUGCAUGACAAAGUGUUUGCGUUCAUCACCCAGAACCAGCAGAAUGAGACGCUGGAGUGCCACGCAUUCCUCUGUGCCAAACGGAAAGUGGCCCAGGCGGUCACACUCACGGUGGCUCAGGCCUUCAAAGUGGCCUUCGAGUUCUGGGAGGUUGCCAAAAAAGGUACAGAGUAUCAUAUCUCUCCACAGAACAAUGUGGAGGUCGUAUAUUACUGCAGAGGAUCAUACGCCACAAGUGAAAAAUAAUUGGUCACUUUGUUUUGAAGAAUAUGCUCUCCUGAUGGGGUCUUUGAGGGCAUUGAGGCUGUAGUGAUUGAUUAUGGCAGUCGGGCCAUUGCUCUGUUGCCUUUUCAUGAUAUAGAAAAGAUGGACACACAAAAUGAUUUGAUU